GGACUCCAGCCGCAGUCUCCGCGACCUCCGGGCUACAGCCGCCAACUCCACGUCCCCCGGGACCCUGUCGCCGUCUCCGCGUUGCCCGGACUCCGGCCGCCGUCUCCGUGUCCUCCUGACUCCAGCCGCCGUCUCUACGCCCCUCGGACUCCAGGAUCAGGACCCCUCCGUCUUCGCGCGCCCGGGACUCCAGCGGCGGUCUCCGCGAUCCCCCCGGGAUUCUGCCACUGUUGCCUCGCCCCCCAGACCCAGACUCCGGCCGCCGUCCCCUCGUCUCCCCGGAUCCAGCCCCUUCUCCGCGCCCACCCGCUCGCCGCGAAGCCAGACUCCGGCCGCCGUCUCCGCGCCCCCCGGGCUCCGGCUGCCGUUCCGGUGCCGGCCAGCGCCAGCAGUUGCCCCUCGGCGCGCCCCGCGUCCGCUCGGGCCUCGGCGGGGAGAUGAACGCACCGCUGGACGGCCUGUCGGUGAGCUCGUCCUCCACCGGCUCGGUGGGCUCGGCGGCCGGGGCGGGCGGUGGCGGCGGGGGCGCGGGGCUGCGGCUUCUGUCUGCCAACGUGCGCCAGCUGCACCAGGCGCUGACGGCGCUGCUGAGCGAGGCGGAGCGGGAGCAGUUCACGCACUGCCUGAACGCGUACCACGCGCGCCGCAACGUCUUCGACCUGGUGCGCACCCUGCGCGUGCUGCUGGACAGCCCGGUCAAGCGGCGCCUGCUGCCCAUGCUGCGCCUGGUCAUCCCGCGCUCCGACCAGCUGCUCUUCGACCAGUACACCGCCGAGGGUCUCUACCUGCCCGCCACCACCCCCUACCGGCAGCCCGCCUGGGGCGGCCCCGACGGUGCGGGGCCGGGGGAGGUGCGCCUGGUGAGCCUGCGGCGCGCCAAGGCUCACGAGGGCUUGGGCUUCAGCAUCCGCGGGGGCUCGGAGCAUGGCGUGGGCAUCUAUGUGUCGCUGGUGGAGCCAGGCUCUCUGGCCGAAAAGGAAGGGCUGCGAGUUGGGGACCAGAUUCUGCGUGUCAAUGACAAGUCCCUGGCCCGGGUGACCCACGCUGAGGCUGUCAAGGCUCUGAAGGGCUCGAAGAAGCUGGUGCUGUCCGUGUACUCGGCGGGGCGCAUCCCCGGGGGGUACGUCACCAGCCACAUCUACACCUGGGUGGACCCGCAGGGCCGCAGCAUCUCCCCGCCCUCGGGCCUGCCCCCGAGCCACGGCAGCACCCUGAGGCAGCGUGAGGGGGACUCGAGGAGCGCCCUGAACCUUCUGCAAGGCGGGGACGAGAAGAAGGUGAACCUGGUGCUGGGAGACGGCCGGUCCCUGGGCCUCACAAUCCGCGGGGGAGCCGAGUACGGCCUGGGCAUUUACGUCACCGGCGUGGACCCGGGCUCAGAAGCCGAAAGCAGCGGACUCAAGGUUGGGGACCAGAUUCUGGAGGUGAACGGGCGGAGCUUUCUCAACAUCCUGCACGACGAGGCGGUCAGGCUGCUCAAGUCUUCACAGCACCUCAUCCUGACGGUGAAGGACGUCGGGAGGCUGCCCCACGCCCGCACCACAGUGGAUGAGACCAAGUGGAUUGCCAGUUCCCGGAUUGGGGACACCAGCACGAACUUGGCAGGAUGUCCUGGGGAUCUUCCCACGGAAGGGACAAACAAGCUGGGAUUCUACAAGGGGCCAGCCGGCUCCCAGGUGACCCUGAGCAGCCUGGGGAACCAGAUGCGCCUGCUGCUGGAGGAGCAGGCCCGGCACUUGCUGAAUGAGCAGGAACAAGCCACCAUGGCCUACUAUCUGGACGAGUACCGCGGCGGCAGCGUCUCCGUGGAGGCCCUGGUCACGGCCCUAUUUGAGCUGCUCAACACCCAUGCCAAGUUCUCGCUCCUGUCUGAGGUGAGAGGCACCAUCUCGCCGCAAGACCUGGACCGCUUCGACCACCUGGUGCUGAGGCGGGAGAUCGAGUCCAUGAAGGCCCGGCAGCCCCCGGGCCCUGGGGCCGGGGACACCUACUCCAUGGUCUCCUACAGCGACACGGGCUCAUCCACAGGCAGCCAUGGCACCUCCACUACCGUCAGCUCGGCCAGGGAGCGGCUGCUGUGGCUUAUAGACCUGAUGGAGAACACUCUGGACCUGGAAGAAACUGGUGAGACUGUCCAGGGCACUACAAACACCCUCCCCGAUGUUUCCCUGGACGACGUCAAAGACCCACCAGAGGGGCUGCCGAGCUACAAGCUGCCGCCUCCCCCGCCCCCUCUGGCCCAAGGCCACAACCGCCCGCACGCCCAGCCGAGGAAGCCAGGGAAGGAGGACCUCCAGCCAUCGUCCUCCACGUCUUCCCACUCGGGCAUCGUCUUCUCGGCUCCCAGAAACCGCAGCCCACCAGCGGGUACCGCACCGGUCCCGGGGGCCUCCUCAGCACAAGACUCGCCCUCCUCCCCCAUCUAUGCCUCUGUCUCCCCCGCCAACCCUGGCUCCAAGAGGCCCCUGGACACCCACCUGGCCCUGGUCAACCAGCACCCCAUUGGCCCCUUCCCGCGCGUCCAGUCACCCCCACACCUGAAAAGCUCCCCCGCAGAGGCCACGCUGGCGGGGGGCUGCCUCCCGCCACCCUCCCGCUCCGGCCGGCCAGACCCAGUGGGCACAAACCAGCACUUUGUCAUGGUGGAGGUGCACCGGCCGGACAGUGAGCCGGACGUGAACGAAGUGAGGGCGCUGCCCCAGAGCCGCACAACCUCCACACUCUCCCAGCUCUCGGACAGUGGGCAGACCCUGAGCGAGGACAGUGGUGUGGAUGCCGGUGAGGCAGAAGCCAGCGCCCCGGGCCGAGGCAGACAGAUGGCAUCUACCAAGAGUAGGAGUAGCAAGGAGCCAUCUCGGAAUGAGAGGACCACAGAGGGGGCCACCAAACCGCCUGGACUCCUGGAGCCCACGUCCACCCUGGUCCGCGUGAAGAAAAGUGCGGCCACCCUGGGCAUUGCCAUCGAGGGUGGCGCCAACACCCGCCAGCCUCUGCCCCGGAUUGUCACGAUUCAGCGAGGCGGUUCGGCCCACAACUCCGGGCAGCUCAAGGUGGGCCACGUGAUUCUGGAAGUGAACGGGCUGACCCUUCGGGGCAAGGAGCACCGGGAGGCGGCGCGCAUCAUUGCAGAGGCCUUCAAGACCAAGGAGCGAGACUACAUCGACUUUCUGGUCACCGAGUUCAAUGUGAUGCUCUAGAGGCUGGGGCCCGGAGGCCUCCUGCUGCUGCCUAGUCCCCGGCCCUGGUCCCUCCUCCCUCCUGGCACUAGUCAGCUCCCUGAGGACCAGGGCUGCAUAGCCAGGGGGGCAGGAAGACAUCCCCCCACUCUUUCCCGGCCUGCUGGCCCAGAACCAGGAGAAGAGAACUGGAUGAGGCAAACAGAAGGUCAGAUCGGGAUCCGGUGCCAUGCAAGGCGUACACAGUAGGCGCUCAGUACAAGUGGUGGGAAGGAGAGAAAGUCCACCUGAGGCCUGCCAGGGCCUGUCCCCCUGGGUUGGAUGAGGCCACUGGGCCCCGUUCCCUGGCCAGCUAGGACCUGGCCCGUCCUCUGGUGUCUGAGUCUUUAUGCGGAGUAAGACCACCUGAGAAUUCAUGGACACGCCCCCGCCGGGGGCAUCUCACAGGACCUUUAGUGCCACAAAUAAGCGUCAAGCACCUCCCCCCAUUCACACCCCCUUUCUUCCUGGCUCCUUAUUCCCCCCAUAAUAUUUAUUAUUUAUUUCCCUCUCGUCACCCCUGGGGACCCCAAGACCCCAGCUUCCCACCCUGCCUAUCCCAGAGGCCUUGCAGGGGACCCGCGACGUCCGUGUAUUUAUAUACAGAGCUUAUGACUUUAAUUUUUCAAUAAAGAAACCUGAACAAGGUGA